UGCGCUUGCGCACUGCGCGUUGGCGAGACCGGGUUUGCCGGCCCAGGGCAGUGACAGGGAUUCUUGUGUGUGGUUACGGUUUCGGCUUCCCGGUGGCAGGGAGAGGGGUCUGGGGUCCUCUGGCGGCCACAGGACCGACGUCAGCCGCGGCCGGAACCACAGUCGAAGGCCGGGCGCGGCAUGUCCCGGGUGCCUCGACGCAGGCAGUGAGGCGCGCGGCGAGCGGGAUGGGUCGACGCCGGGCGCCAGAGCUGUACCGGGCCCCGUUCCCGUUGUACGCGCUUCAGGUCGAGCCGAGCGCGGGGCUGCUCAUCGCGGCGGGCGGAGGAGGUGCUGCCAAGACCGGUAUAAAGAACGGCGUGCACUUUCUGCAGCUAGAGCGGAUUCAUGGGCACCUCAGUGCCUCCCUGCUCCACUCCCAUGACACGGAGACUCGAGCCACCAUGAACUUGGCGCUGGCUGGCAACAUCCUUGCUGCAGGGCAGGAUGCCCGCUGUCAGCUCUUGCGCUUCCAGACCCAACAGCAGAAGGGCAAAAACAAGGCAGAGAAGGCAGCUUCCAAGGAGCAGGGGCCUCGACAGAGGAAAGGGGCUGCCCCAGCAGAGAAGAAGUCUGGAGCCGAAACCCACCAGGAGGGGGUAGAAUUCAGCGUAGAGAAUUUGCAGGCCGUGCAGACAGACUUCAGCCCUGACCCACUGCAGAAAGUUGUACGCUUCAACCGUGAUACUACCCUGCUUGCCACUGGAGGGACGGAUGGCUACGUUCGUGUCUGGAAGGUCCCCACCUUGGAGAAAGUUUUGGAGUUCCGGGCCCAUGAAGGAGAGAUUGAGGACCUGGCUGUGGGGCCCGACGGCAAGUUGGUUACUGUGGGCCGGGACCUUAAGGCCUCUGUGUGGCAGAAGGAUCAGCUGGUGACCCAGCUGCACUGGCAAGAGAAUGGACCCACCUUUUCUAACACGCCUUACCGCUACCAGGCCUGCAGGUUUGGGCCAGUUCCAGACCAGCCUGCCGGGCUGCGGCUCUUCACAGUGCAGAUUCCCCACAAGCGUCUGCGCCAGCCCCCACCCUGCUACCUCACAGCCUGGGAUGGCUCCACGUUCUUACCCCUUCGGACCAGGUCCUGUGGCCAUGAAGUCAUCUCCUGCCUCAGUGUCAGUGAAUCGGGCACCUUCCUGGGCCUGGGCACGGUCACUGGCUCUGUUGCCAUCUACAUAGCUUUCUCCCUCCAGCGCCUGUACUAUGUGAAGGAGGCCCAUGGCAUUGUGGUGACGGAUGUGGCCUUUCUGCCUGAGAAGGGGCGUGGUCCAGAGCUCCUUGGGUCCCACGAAACUGCUCUGUUCUCUGUGGCUGUGGAUAGUCGUUGCCAGCUACACCUGCUGCCCUCACGACGGAGUGUUCCUGUGUGGCUGCUGCUGCUGCUGUGUGUCGGGCUUAUUGUUAUGACCAUCCUGCUGCUCCAGAGUGCCUUUCCAGGUUUUCUUUAGCCUCCUUGCUCCCAGAGAACCAGGGGCCUGGGCACUGCCACCUCUAGACCAGAGUGGAGGCCUGGACCCCACUGCUCACUCCACUGGGGCCCACAGCUGAGGUUGCCUCUGAUGAGACUACUAGGCAAUGCCUGCCCUUCCCAGUUAAAGUUUGGCUGUGGCCUCGUGCGACCCUGAGUUCUGGGAACCUUGUAUUCAUCAUCUGUGGAUCCGCCCAGGACCGUGGUGUCCUUCUUCCCUCUGCCUACCAGAGGCUCCAAGGUGGGGCUUGUCCUUCCCCCAGAAAUAUGUGAAGAUGCCCAAGAACUUGGAGGCACUGCUGUCCUUCCUGCCGAAAGCCAUUUUCUCCUGCUCCCCGCACAGCCUCACGGCCGGCUGCUCUCCGCAGGAGCCCCUCCCAUUUGCUGGGGCAGCCCCUGGCCUGGGACUUGCUCUUAGGGAAGGAAGGAGUCAGAGGAAGACCCGAGAAGUACUCUUUGCAUUCAGCUGGGCAGCGCCAAGCCAGCCGAGCUCAAUAUGCAGUAUGUUCCUGGACAGGCUAGCCUAGCCUUGAGCCAAGGGAAAAUGAACCUCAGCCCAUUUGGCAGGAAACAGUAAUAUUUAAUAAACAAGGGAAAACUGAA